UCGUAGUAUUUGAUCGCGUGUGCCUCUCACUGAGUUCUUGGAAGCAGCGCGUAGGGCUUGAUGCGUCUGUGCUCCAGUCCAUCCAUGUCUUUUGUGCCUCUAGUUGGGCUGUUUUUGCGCGCGAUUUGUCAUUUUUAAUCAUGUGUUUGAAAAAUGCCAAGUAUUUUUGCGAAUGUUUCACGGUUCAGGACUCUUUGCCUUACUGCUGAUGGUGCUGGAGUGGACCUGUCCAGGCCUGUCCUCCCCAUUACGCCCCAUCUGUGACCUGCGCGUCCUCGACCAUUUCAUUAAGGAGGCAUGGGAUGCAGAGGCUGCUAUGAGAGCUUGUAAGGACGAUUGCAGCAUUGCAACGAACGUCACUGUUCCUCUGACCAGAGUCGAUUUUGAAGUCUGGGAAGCGAUGAAUAUAGAGGAGCAAGCUCAGGAGGUCCAGUCAGGCUUACACUUGCUGAACGAGGCCAUCGGCUCAUUACAGAUAUCUAAUCAGACUGAAGUGCUGCAGUCCCACAUAGAUGCCAGUAUUAGAAACAUCGCCAGCAUCAGACAAGUGCUGCGAAGUCUCAGCAUACCGGAAUAUGUAACUCCAACCAGUAGUGGAGAAGACAAGGAGACACAGAAAAUAUCCUCGAUCUCAGAGCUGUUUCAGGUCCAUGUCAACUUCCUUCGGGGGAAAGCGCGUCUGCUGCUCGCCAAUGCACCUGUCUGCCACCAGGGUGUCAGCUGAUAAACAAUUCAGGGCAAAGGCCAAACUAAUCAAAGCUCCUCAUAUCAGUAGGCAGGAUAUGGACUAUUACAAAGGAAAUAAAUGACUGGGAGUUGUAGCACUUUGAAAGAUUUACUCACAAAGGGAAGAGAAGACAUCCCACUGAAUGCCAAGCGGCAAACCCACCUGCCAAAAUUUACAAGAAUCACUCCUUUUUUCCCCAUAUGACUGAUGGACCUUGUCCAGCACCUGGGAAGGUUUCUCUGGGACUCUUUUUCUACUGCUUAUGAAAUUGUCAUUAUUUAUAUAUAUAUUUCUUAGAGCUGGAAUCACUGCAGGUUCUUCUCGGAAGCUGUUCAAGUAAAGACCGCUCUUUCUCCAUCUACCAUGGCCUCAAGCACCUCCAAAUGUUGAACUGUUGAUAGAGACAACUAUUUAUCGAUAUUAAUUAUGCACUGUAGGUUUUCUAAUAAUUUUCGUGUAUAUGUGUGUGUGUGUGAUUUUUGAGAAUGCUGAGAAUGGACAUGUCAGACGUCAGGAGAGGAUGGUUGUAAUUCUGAAUUCUUACGGGUCAGUUGGGGUGAACAGGAUAAAGGACUAGAUUGCUGCUAGUGUCGAGCGAAUUGGAAACUUUCGUGCGAGCUGAUGAGGCUCAUGUCCGAAACACGCCGAUGAGUGUGGCCUUGUACAGAUAACACCACUGCCAGGAAAAAUAUUGAUUAGUGUAUGACGAACAUCCUGGCUUACUUCCACUUCACGCACGACGCUGCAUACUUGCCUUUGGGAAACGGUCGUAAGGUCGACAUUUUGUUUCUGUUUUUCUGGACUUGUUUGUAGUCUUUCGUAAACAGCCAGUUUUUUUUUACAUCUGUCAAUCAGUCAGUCUGGAUGCAACAAAGUAUGUCUGUAGAUGUUUUUUUCCUGUUAUUUUGCCGUUUUGUGGUUCUUUCAUCACAACGUUGUUUGGUAUUCAAAUACACAGUGUUAUUCUUAGCUAAAAACAUAGUGAAAACAAGAGGAGUGGAAGUUUUUGUCUUAUGAUGCAUCUCUGGUGAGAAUGAACCAAAACACUGUAAAUACGUCUGAUUCCAAAGUGAAUUUGAUAUGAAAGCAAGUACUUUUUUAACUAUUAUGGAGAGGAAUAUAGGCAUACAUUAUGCCUAAGCCAUAACUGGAUUAUAAAAUAAGUAAUGGAUUUUUGUCAUGUUGCUUCCUCUGAUGGAGUUUAGUCUCACCACUAAAUAUUUUUGAACACGUCUUUGAGUCUUUUUAUUCACCUUAGCUUGUAGUUCUGGCCAUCAAAAAUGGCUAAACAAAGACUUUGACACAGUUUACUAGUCUACUUCUGAACAUCAACAAAGCAUCCAUUGUAAAUAAUCUUUGCCAAAUAUUUCAGGUUAGAGGACCACCUAUGAGCUAAAAGAGAACCAUUGUUCAUCUCAGCACAGCCAACACUCAAUACAGUAUACACAAAACAGUUUAUUCCUAAGAUUUAUUAUUAUUGUCGAUGGCUCAGUUAUAAUCGCUGUCGCCUCACAGCAAGAAAGUCACUGGUUCGAGUCCCAGCUGGCCCAGUUAGUAUUUCUGUGUGGAGUUUGUAAGUUCUCCUCGUGUACAUGUGGGUUUCCUCCGAGUGCUCCACAGUCCAAAGACAUGCAGUAUAAGUGCAUUGGAUGAACUAAAUUGGGCGUAGUGUAUGAGUGUGUGUGAAUGUGAGUGUGUAUGGGUGCUUCCAAGUACUGGAUUACAGCUGGAAGGGCAUCCGCUGUCAAAAAUCCUGGAAAAGCUAGCAGUUCAAUUCCGAUGUGGUGACCCCUGAUAAAUAAGACUAAGCUGAAAA